AUGGCUGGUUAUAAGACUAAUAGAAGAACAAAGAAUGCAGGUUCAUCUCUUGAAAUGUCACAUUUCAUUGAUGCCGGUGCUAAUAAGAUUAAAAGUAAAAUUAGAGAUAUUGAAAGAUUAUUAAAAAAGAAGAGAGAUACACUACCUGAUACCGUUAUAAUUGAAAAGGAAAGAACCUUAGAUGCUUUGAAAUUAGAAUUAGAGAAUGCUAAAGUAAGGCAGGUAAUCAAAAAAAAUGCUAAAAAGUAUCAUAUGGUAAGAUUCUUUGAAAGAAAGAAGGCAUUAAGAAGAUAUAAGCAAGCAGUCAAGGAUCUUGAAGAUAAACCUGAAAACAAAAAGUACAUUAAGAACCUAGAGAAGUCCAAGAUUGAUUUAUGUUACGUUGUUAAUUUUCCAAAGACUGAAAAAUAUAUUUCAUUGUACCCAGUUAAUGAAGAAGAAAAUAGUGAGCAUGAUGCUGAUUCUAAUUUGGAACAAACAAAAUUAAGAAGAGAAGCCUUCUUAAAAUUAGUUGAACAACAAUAUAAGGAGAACACUUUGCCAGUUUCAUUACAGAAAAUAUUACAAGGUAAGAAACUGGAGAAAGAAAAUACUGGUGUUACUUUGAAUAAACCAAAUAGCAAAUCAGAGGAUGCUAUUGUUCGUCAUGCCCACCAAGAGGAAGAAGACGAAGAAGAUGAUUUCUUUGAAUAA